GAAAUCUUUCAAGAAACAUCUUCCAUCUUUCAGGGUGCAUCUUAAACAGUGCAUUCCUGCGCUGGGAGCGUAAUAUUUACCCAGCUGUCCGACCCGCAGGACUUAAGCCCGUUGGAAGUCAUUUGAAAGAUGGCUUCAGCUACAGACGCUCGGUAUGGGCAGAAGGAGUCCUCCGACCAGAACUUCGACUACAUGUUCAAGAUCCUGAUCAUCGGGAACAGCAGCGUGGGCAAGACCAGCUUCCUGUUCCGCUACGCCGACGACUCCUUCACCCCGGCCUUCGUCAGCACGGUGGGCAUCGACUUCAAGGUCAAGACCAUCUACAGGAACGACAAGAGGAUCAAGCUGCAGAUCUGGGACACGGCUGGCCAGGAGCGCUAUCGGACCAUCACCACGGCGUACUACAGGGGCGCCAUGGGCUUCAUCCUCAUGUACGACAUCACCAACGAGGAGUCCUUCAACGCCGUGCAGGACUGGUCCACCCAGAUCAAGACGUACUCCUGGGACAACGCCCAGGUGCUGCUGGUGGGGAACAAGUGUGACAUGGAGGACGAGCGGGUGGUCGCAGGAGAGAGAGGCCGGCAGCUGUCUGAACAUCUGGGCUUCGAGUACUUUGAGGCGAGCGCUAAGGACAACAUCAACGUGAAGCAGACGUUCGAGCGUCUGGUGGACAUUAUCUGUGAGAAGAUGUCUGAGAGUCUGGAUGCUGCGGACCCCGCAGUCACAGGGGCCAAGCAGGGGCCCCAGCUUACCGAGCAGCCAGCGGCCCCUCACCAGGACUGCGCUUGCUAAAGGCCCCCGCCCUGCCCCCACGCAUAAUCAUCCCUCACCCUCACGGUCUGACCCCUGACACCACCACCUGUUAUGGGUGGGUGGAGUUCAUAAAAACUAGCCUCCCCCACCCCUCCCCCUCCUCUCCCACUCAGUGUCCCCUGGCCUCCCCCCUCCUUCCCCCCACUGUCGUCUUAAAGCUGGAGGGAUUUCCACGUCUUUUCUUCAGGGGUCCGCCGGUAAUUUUAGCUUCUAGUCAAUCUGUGUCUGAAACCGGAAACGCCAUAUUGAGUCUAUUUUUUAAAACCAGGCAAGGAAUUGGGACAUUUGUUUCCCCGACAUCCAGACAACCCAACGUAAGUGGUUGUGUGUGUGAGUCUUACUCCCCACCGUGUGAAAUACUAUAAACACAUUUACAUGUACUUGCCAAUAUAGCUGUUUUUGUUUUUUUUAUCCUUCAUCUCUUCUAGAAUCUAAAAUCUGCCUGCAUCUCAUAUAUUGAAUUGAUCGCCUUCAUUUUUUGUGUAGUCUUGAGAGUUUGUUUUCACAAUCGAUUUUUUUCAUUUUUUUUAUGCUUUCAUAUAUUCUAUGAACAAUCUGUGGGAGGAAAACAAUGACCUUGUUGAUAGAUGAACUGGUAGAUAUUAUAAACAUGUCUUAUUUUAUGUUUUUAAAUGUGUAUAUAAAGAAUGUGCAGUAUAUGAUAUCUAUAGAUAUAUACAUUUUUGAAGAGGCAUUUAAAAAUAUCUAGAUAACUUUAAAAGAUAUGUACACAAUGAGGGGCCUAUGUCUUCGCAGUGUCUGAGUUCGUUUUUAAAGUGAAUUGUGUUACACAGUCAGCCUGUCUUCGCAAAUAUCUGUCGCAGAUGGAAUGAAAACUUCAGUAGCCUGUCCGAAGUCAUACCUAACUGCUACUUCACAUUUUCUGCUGAAGAUGAAAGUUCCACGCUUAAGUAAUUAGCACUGUCAACAUGUUGAGACAUGCACCAACCUUUCGGACACA